AUGUUGACGAUGUGUGAGGGUGGAGAGAUAGAAGAAGAAAAAAAUCAACAGGAUCCCAGAAAUGUCAAAUGGGGCAUAUUUUUCACGUCGAUUGACGUCACUCGGAGACGUCUUGUUUAUCAAAUCUUCACCCCCAAAAUGACCCCCAAGCAUGGAUCGAACGACAAGAAGAAGCAUGAUUUUGAACACACACAAAUUAUGGUGAUUUGA